AUGAAAAUAAAAAAAAAAAGUGAAAAUAAAAAUAAAAAUACCAACCAAAAAAAACAGAUCUUUUGCAUUCGAUUGUUUCAGUUGAUGACAAUAAUAGAUCAAUAUUAUCAAUUAUUAAUUGGUACAUCCAUUCGUAAUCUAUAUUUGGAUAAUUGUUUUGAAAUUAAUGAAAACUCAACAUUAAAAACAUUAAUCACCACUGCUAAAUUAAUUUUAAAAUUAAAAACACCACCAUCACAAUCAUCACCAUCUUUAGAUUUAAAAGUAAAAGAAAAAGUAGAACAAGAAAAAAAAGAAGAGGAAGAAGGAAAAAAAGAAAAGGUUUUUCCAAAAUUUAUAAAAAAUAUCAAAGCAGUUGAAACAAUUGAAGAAAUUGAUAAUUUCAUAAAGAAAAUUGACAAAGUGAACUUAAAAUCAUUUUUAGAUAUUCCAAUCAACUUCAGUAAUAGUGAUAAUAAUGAAAUUAAAAAUUUUAUAAAGAAAUUAUUAAAAUUAUAUUUUUCAAAUUCUGAUACUAAAGUAUCAAAAAUUUUAUAUUUCUGUUAUUACCAUGAAGAAUCCAAUUAUGAUUAUAAAACUAUAUUCCCCUCUACUCUUCAUUUGAUUGAAACUGCAUUAAGAUUUGGAAUUUAUGAAAUUUUAGAACCAAAAAAAACAAUGGGGUGUCAUAAUUUCUUACCAAAAAUCGGUCAAGAUUCUAAUUAUCAAUAUUAUAAUAGUCAUCGUUAUAAAUUUUUAUUUUCACAUUGUUAUGAUAAAGAGAAAAUGAUUAAAUUCAUUGAUCGUAUAAUUCAAAGAACCAUUCAACAACCUGAACCUGGAUUUCAAAUUUAUUUCUUGUAUAUGCUUGUAAUUCAUAAUGAUAUAGAGUUAGUAAAAUACUAUUCAAAUAAUGUUGGUAAACAUCUACAAAUAUAUUCUCCUCGGGAAAUAUUUCCACCAACCUAUUAUAUCGAAUCAAAAGAGAUGUUAGAAUAUUUAUUUUACAAUCAAUGUAAUUACUUUAUAGAUGUUUAUUUUAAAUCUUACAAAAGUUCAUAUUUUAAAAAUUUAGAAUUAUUAAAACAUUUCGAAUUAUUAUUUGUUGUAGGGAAUUUUCCAUAA